UGUCUUCUCAAUCCUGUGCCUCAGCGCCUCUCUCUGCCCAACAGGUUCAGGAUGAAGCAGGAAAACAUUGUUGGCCAAAGCCCGUUCAGCCAGCCCUCCCGGGUCAUUCAGACCCUCCAGGCACCCCCAGAUGUGGCACCAGGGAGUGUGACUGUGCGUACUGCCAGUGAGACGAGCUUGUGGGUCCGCUGGGUGCCUCUGCCUGAUGCACAAUACAAUGGGAACCCUGAGUCGGUGGGUUAUAGGAUCAAGUACUGGUGUGUGGACGCGCAGUGUCCUGGCCUGGUCAAGGUCAUCAGCGACCGACUGGAGACAGAAGUCACCGUCGAGGAUCUUCAGGAAUGGACCGAGUAUGAACUGCAGAUCCAAGCCUUUAAUUCCAUUGGGUCGGGACCCUGGAGCGAGGUAGUGCGAGGCCGUACGCGAGAAUCAG